CCCACAGCCCACAGCAGAAUCGAAAAAUAUAUACAUAUAAUUUCAACGAAGCAUAACUCACGUUCAGUAAAGUAUUGAUUUGUAUGUUGGUAUUUAUUUUCCAAACUUGCUAAAUACCCAUCUUGAGAAUGCAAAAAAAAUCAAAAUUUCGAAGAAUAUUGCACGUUUUUCUGUGAAAAUGUGAAACAGACCCCGAUUUUAAGACUCUGAUUUCGAGACCUUCCUAAAUCUUCAAUCCAAAACCCCGUAAUUUCAAGGCAUUAGUUCCAAAGCUAGGAUUCCAAGACAUGAAAAUUGAAGCAAACAAAAAAUAGACCUUUCGAAAAAAAUUUGGUAGGUAGAAUAAUUUUCUGAGAGAGAUAGGAAUGUGAAAAUGUUUUCUCAAAACGACGACUUUUUCAAAAAUAGUACUAUCUUCUCUAAGACUCUGAUUUUGAGGCUCCUAUUUCAAGACUCCGAUUUCAAGGUUCGACUCAAAUUAGCUUCCAACUCAAAAAAUAAUUUUUCUUCUUAAUUUUCUUCGAGUUAUAAAAUUGUUUUUGUAAAAAUGACAAUCCUUCUCAAAAAAUUUCUGAGACUCCGAUUUUUGAGGCCUCUAUUUCAAGGCUUCGACUCAAAUUAGCUUCCAACUCAAAAAAUAGGUGUUUUUACAAUUUUUUCUUUGAGUUAUAAGAUUUUGUUCGUAAAAAUGACAAUCCAUUUUCAAAAAAUUUUUGAGACUCCAAUUUUUGAGUCCUCUAUUUCAAGACCCCAGUUUCAAGGCUUCGACUCAAAUUAGCUUCCAAUUUAAAAAAUAGUUUUUCUUUUCAGUUAUCUUCAAGUUAUAAAACUUUUUUCAUCUAUUUCAAAAAAUGUCUAGGGCUCCGAUUUUGAGACCUCUAUUUUAACACCCUGAUUUCGAAGCUUCGACUCAAAAUAGUAGCUUCCAACUCAAAAAAUAAUUUUUCUUUUCAAUUUUCUUUGAGUCAUGAAUUUUUUUUUGUAAAAAUGACGAUCCUUUUUUAAAAAUUUCCGAGACUCCGAUUUUUGAGGCCCCUAUUUCAAGACCCCAAUUUUGAGCCCAAGAUUCCAAGGCUUCGUUUCAGCCUCUUCUCUCUCCCCUUCCCAAUAAUUUAGCCAACUAAGCAUAAAUAAUAAUUUUUUUUCAAUGCAUGUGAAACAUUUUUCUACGAGUAUUAAUGACAAUUUUUCUCCAAGAAAUUACUUUCUUCAAAGCCUCGAUUUAAAGACCACGGUUCGGAGACUCUGAUUUCAAGUGUUCGUUUCGAGCUCCUAAUUCAAAUCCCGACUUCUAGUCCCUGAUUGGAAAACCACGAUUUCGAAGCCUCGAUUUCAAUACUCCGAUUUCAAGUCUACCUGAUUUCUGGACACCAAUAUUUCGAGGCUCGGAUUUCAAAAUCCCAAUUUCGAUACUCUGAUCCGUGUGACACUGACUUUUGAAAACUUGAAAUAAUUCGUAAUGUACAGGGAACAAAAUCAAAAAAAAUUGAAAAUUUUAGUUGAAUUGAAUAAAAGACGAUAUCAUAUUCGAGAACUCUGAAAGGGUCUCAAAAAUUCAAUCCGCAUUUUGACCGGCAAAUUUUUUGUUUUUUAUUCACCGAAAUAAAUAUAAAUCAAAAUUCUCGAAAAAUAAUUUCAACAACGUCAUGACGUUACUGUUGCCUGUUGGAACAUUAGAAUUUUACGAUGCAUCGUAUUAGAAUCACAAUUAAUAUGUUUACUACGAACUUAGACGUUGUUAUUUGUACUGUUCGAGAUAAAUGAUAGUGCCUGCUUUCAUAAAUAACUCAUCACGGAAAACGGUAGGCUCACAGUACCAGGCAAUACACAUCCAUCUAAAUUUAAUAUCGCGUUUCGUCUAAUUCAUUUCUUCUUGUCUCCAAUCCACAAGAAAAUUAACGAGCACUCGAGCAGUAAUUUGAACUUUCGUCACAAUGAAGGAAAAAAGAACAGCGUGAAACUCGACAUACGAGUACAACUUGGUAUUAAAUGACGUAUACCUAAUCAAAUUCCCAUCAUAAACAUUAUGGCAGCCAUUAAAGAAGUAGCAUCUAUUUUGCUCCCGAAAGCUCAAGAUGAUGAAAAAUUGCAAAAAUCGGUGGUAAAAUUUCAAAUAGGUAUGGAAAAGCCUUCCUUAAUCGUUUCCAAAAGAUUUUUGGUAACUAUAUUACUAUUCUUAUCAAAUGCAAACAUGGUCUUCGUGAAAUACAACGUGAAUAUCGCAGUUAUCGAGAUGACAUCCUCAAAAUCAACCUUCGUGAAUGAAAAUCUUACUACGACACAGCAUGCAGAAUUUCAAUGGGAUUCCAUAGACACUGGAUUAGCUCUGAGCAUCUACUUCUACGGUAAUCUAUUAUCGUUUUUGAGCGGAUUUAUCAUAUCAAAGUUUGGAGGAUGGAUGAGCAUGGCUGGAUCGAUGACCAUCUCUAGUAUCACAACAUUUCUUCAACCAAUCACUUUGAGUUACAGCUUUUAUUUAUUUUUGUUCUGUCGUUUUUUAACCGGAGUGUUCACAGGCUUUGCCUAUUCCGGCUUUACUGAGGCGUGUUCUCAUUGGAUGCCAAAAAGUGAAAGAGGAACUCUAAUGUCAAUUUGCUUCAAUGGUUUUCACAUUGCAACAGCAACGGUCCAUCUUAUUUGCGGAAUUAUAAUAUCUGAAUGGGGAUGGCCCAUGGUUUUUUACAUUACAGGUAUUGUCGGAUCAUUGAUUUCAAUACUUUGUCUAUUGCUGGUCAGCAAUCAUCCAUCUGAAGACAAAUGGAUAUCUAAGAAAGAACUUACAUUCAUUCUCAAUGAUAUUGACACAAGUAGGACAGAAAAAGUUAAAGCUCAUCCACACAAACAUAUACUAAGAUCCACGCCAGUUCGGAUGUUUUGCAUAAUGAAUAUUCUUUUGAGCUGGACCAGUAGCACCGUGGUGACCAGCUUGCCUUUGUUCAUAAAAGAUUCCACGGGAAGAAAUACCAAAGAAGUAGCAUUUAUUUCUUCGCUGCCUAAUUUUCUCGGUAUUCUGGUAUCUACGGUAAGUGGACCAUUGAUGGAUUACUGGAAAAAUCACAGCAAUAUCACCCAAACCAGGAUGCAUAAGAUAAUGAUAGGAAUAGCAUUAACCAGUGAGCUGAUUCUAUUUGUUAGUCUGACAUUUGUUCGAGAUCUCAUAACGACGAUGGUCAUUUUCGUCCUGAUUGGGUUAUUCCUUCCUUACAUCUUUUUAGUUCUACAAUUGAUCCUCACCAAUAUGGUACCGAAUCAUACUGGUCUCAUUUCGGGUUAUAUGUCAUUCUGGAACUCAAUGAGUCCAAUAGCAGCCCAAACAGUGUUAGGUUUUAUGACUCCUAAUCACGCAAUGAACGAAUGGGAUAACUAUUUUCUGCUGACAGCUGGGAUUUUAUUACUUGGAACGAUUCUGUUCACUUUGUACGGAUCCAGUGAACCUCAAUCGUGGUCAUUAUCGCCCAAUUUCGAAAAUAAAUCGAAACCACUGAAUAAAGACGAAGUAGAAUCACUAACCAACAACUUCGACUAAUUUAUGUGGUUUUUGGAUGAACUGAUGAGCAGUCUUCACCUAGCAUCAACAAUAUCACGGAAGCAAUGAAUUUUUUCAUCAAAAGCGGAUCUAGAUAAAAUAUUCUGCCAGAAAUCAUACCGAAAUUCCAUUUAUUUUUUCUUCAGUAUCCACCAGUCUUUUAUCUUAUUCGUUGUAGAUACAGAGAAAAACCGGAUUAUGAUUCUACAUAUAAAAAAUAUAUAAUGAAUGGAUUCGUU